AUGUAAAUAAAAGUCAGCCUCAUCUUCCAUAUUGGCAAGCAAUUGUUGAUAAAUUCUUAAUAAAAUUUAAACUGCACAGUAUAUGAAUCUGAUGGUAAUUCUUGUGCAAUAGCAGCUGCAAAGCUAAUUAUUAAGUAAUUUGGAUCAGUUGAUAUAACAAAAACUAGUUUAAAUACGAAUAACUAUGAGAAAAUAAUAAAUUGGGAAGCAUACUAAUAAGCUAAGGACAGUUACAAUUAUAUUAGAGUAUAAUUCUUUCUUUAAUUUUAGGAACUAGAAAUAUAUAGAAAUCCAUACUUUUACCUAUGGACACGUUACUUUACAACUGCACCAAUAUGGGAGAUCGAAGAACAUACAUAUUAUAUAAUUGAAUUAACAGACGAAGAUUUGAAUUUCUUUUCAUUUAAUAAUCGAAGAGAUUUGAAUGAAAAACAUGAAAUCGAAUAAGUUAUACUAGAGGGGGAACACUUAAAAUAUAAUCGAACUAUUAUAUUUCUAUGUGUGAAGGAUUUUGAUUAAGGAAGAUAUCAUGCUCCAAAGAUGUAUAUUGAUACUGUUGGUUUAUUUAAUGGAAUAUAUAGAAGAAAAUAAGAAAGAUGGUUAUGGUACAAUGUUACUUAAGGAAGUUAUCCUGAUGAGGAUACUCUUAAAUAAACAAAUGUAAUAAUAAUACCAGGAAGCACAAGUUCUGCUUAUGAUGAUAAAGUAUGGAUUCGUAGUUUAUAAAAUUUCAUUUUGAAUGUUUACUAAAAUUAUGCUCAAAUAAAAAUUAUGGGUAUUUGUUUUGGAUUUUAAAUACUUGCUUAAGCAUUUGGAGGAAUUGUUGUACCUUGCUAAAACAGAAUCAAACAUAAAGGGUUUUAUUAUUAUGGAAAUGAAUUAAUCAAAAUUGAAAAGAAUUUUUUUAAGAUCGGAUGUUUCAAGGAAUUAACAUAAAUUGAUAGUAUAAUAAUUAAUAAAGCUCAUGGUGACAUAGUUACUUAAUUACCUGAGAGAUUUAUUAAUUUUGGAUCAUCUAAAACUGCUUAAAAUGAAAUUUUCUUUUCUGAAGAUUAAAGAAUAUUUGGAAUGUAAUCUCAUCCAGAAUACUCAUCUCAAUAAAUUUUAUUAUUUAUUAGUGGAAUUUAAUCAGCUGGAGGAAAUAAAAGUUUUGAAGAUUACUACAAUGAUGCUGACAAUAAGAACUUUGUUAAAGAAAAGGGUGAUUAGUUAGGAUUGUUGAUGUGUCACAAAUUUUUAUAAUCUUGA